AUGAAUUUGUCUAGUGUUCAUCUUCUUGAUUUACCUAAUGAAAUGUUAUUUAAUAUUUUAAAGAAACUUGAAAAUGUUGAUGUUCUUUAUUCAUUUUUUGGCAUUAAUAAUGAACGACUUGAGAAAAUAAUAGAAGAUGAGUUUUUUUUUAAUAGUCUUAAUAUUGCAUUAAUUACUGAAAAUAGUACAAUAAUUGAUUCAAUACUUGAUCGAUUCUGUGAUUAUAUAUUCCCUCGAAUUUAUUUCAAUGUGAAAUGUUUCAUUGUUGAACCAGAAUUCAUGGAACGUAUUCUUCUUGCUACUCCUUAUCCAAAUCUGACUGAAUUAAAACUUUUUAAUUUUCAACGUGAUAGUUCAUUACAUUAUUUCACAGAUAAUUCAUCGCUUGAACAUAUCCUCAAAGAACAAAUUACAAAACUUGAUCUUAUUCAUAAAGAUGAUGGGUAUGAGAUAAUGUUAUCGAAAGUUUAUACAAAAACAGUGUACGCACAUAUUUUGACUUACUGCGAAAAGUUAGAGCAUCUGAAUGUUACUGCGUCAUCAAAUUUUGUAUAUCCAAGCUUGUCAAUUCGUUAUUUACCAUCAAAUACUUUUUCUUCUUCAACUCUUACUUAUUUAUGUAUUAAUGUGCAAACUUUUACUGAUUUUGUUUGUUUACUUGAUGGUCGUCUCAAACAGUUGUGUACAUUGAUUGUUCAAUUUUAUCAAAUGGAUACAGAUUCAUCAGUUGUUCAUAAUUUAGAUAAUCUACCUAAUCUAAAGUGUUUUUCAUUAAUACAUUAUGGUUUAAUUGAAGAAUAUGAUAAUAAAAUUGUAUCUCAUCUUCGUCGUAUGAUAAACUUGGAAAAAUUAACUUUGUAUUUGCGUCUCGUUUUCGAACGUAUAUUCAUUGAUCCAAUUCAUCUCAUAAAUGAAUUUUCAAUGCAUAUGUCACGACUUCAUUCAUUCAAGUUUUAUCUUAGUACAAAGAAUAACAGAAAUGAUUUAGUUCGUUAUUUGUCCAAUAAUGAUAUUAAACAAAAUUAUGUGAACAUAGGCUAUCAAGAAGUAUCGAAUAUUGUUCAAUUUGUUGCUAACACAGCUACAUAUCAUAUCUUUACACUUCCUUUCCAGUUUCCCCAGCUCAUAUAUAUUGGAAAUAUAUUUCCAAAUAUUUUAUUCACUCAUGUCAUCGACUUAUGUGUACAUGAUGAGUUUUCAUUUGAACAUGAAUUCUUUCUACGAAUAAGUAAAGCUUUUUCAAAGCUGAAAAGCUUUUGUGUAAUGAAUUGUAGACCACUAUCAUAUGAUGUGGAGAAAUUAUCUGACAACACUAUUCAAUCAUAUGAAAUCGUUGAAUAUCCUCAUCUUACUUUCCUUGAUAUUUCAUGGGCAAAUGGUUAUUACGUCGAACAGUUUCUAAAUGAAACCAAAACACAUCUACCUCGUCUGUCCAAAUUACGGGUUCGAUAUGAAGAAUUAAGAAUUAUUACAAAAGAUUUUACAAGAGAAAUAACACGACGUAAUUGUGCUAAUGUGACACGAUUAAUUAUUGAAAGAACAAUUGUCGGUUCGAAAGACUAUUACAUUUAUUUUCCUUUAUUGUAG